CAAAUCGUCGUCAUCAUACAGCAAAAAAAACAUCUUGAAUCACCAUGAUAAGUGACUUAUCAUGCCAAACUUAUCAAUAUUUUGACAAUGACAAAAACCACGAUAAACAUUUUCUUACAGAAUUCGCUGUUCCACAAAUAUUAUAUCUAAAAAUACCCAAUUACGACAACAAUUAGCACAAAUUUUGCAAAUCGUCGUCAUCAUCUAGCAAAAAGCAUGUUGAUUGAUGUCAGUUUAGCCGAAGAAAAGGAAGAAGAUGAUCAUUUUAUGCAUUAUUUUUUAGCAUCUGCUGCCGACUGAAGAUGAGUUGCACGGCUGUCUGUGACUGACUGUGAAGUUGCCUACUUUUUUUAGUGUACAAGUUCGUUAGUUUUUUAUUGUGCUGGGUGGCAGGGAAGUGAAAGAACUGCAGUGCCGAUGCCGACGACGACGACGGAAGAAUUGCAUUUUCAGUCCAACCAUUCUUUUGCAGCUGAGGCUGGGAUGAAAAAAUUUCGGCCGCUACCUUCAAGCCAACAUUUUACCCUAUGACAUCUAAAUACUCACUGCUGCUACCCGUUAUCUCAACGAUAUUACCCAUCGAAUCUCAAACCUUUCUUGCUUAUCAGAAGAAGAUAAACUCAAAUUAAAGUAAACGGCUAACCAUUUUCAAAGAGCCUGCUUACUCACUUACUUAUCUCAACUCCAAUACUUUCCCCACCGGGACAAUAAAUAACCAGCGGAUACCCGACGCAUAAUUAUUAUCGCCCCAAAAAAGAGACAAAGACUUCCACCCUACAACUCCCGGAUUUUCGGAAGAAGAAACACCGGACUUUCCAGUGUUAGUGAGUGAGUGAGUGACCAAUCCAGCCAGAGAUCGGUCCAUCUUCUACCCGGUUCUUGUUAUUCCACCAAAAUCCGGGUAAUUUGUCCCGUCUCAUUCCUCUCUCUCGCCCUGCUCUCUUCUUCGGCGGCUCUCGGUAUCGGAGAAAACCAGUUGGAAAUCUCACUCCCGAGUUCUUCCAAAUACAUAUUCUGUCCCCACCACGGGUCUGAUGGGUAGAUGGUGAACGAGCGUCUUGUCGGCACAACGUCGCUCUCUUGUCACUCUGCAAGAUCACCUCGACACGGACGCAUGACAUUCUUCGUCGUCGUCAUCCCACGACCCUAGAAGAAGAAGACAUCACUCUCAUCUUCAACCCCACCCGACCGAUAAGAUAUUCAACAACACUUCAUUAAACUCGAUCUCUUUAACAAACCGAUUGUCAACGAAAAAAAACUAUAGUGAAAUCUGAACAAAGUGCGUGAAGCGUGACAAUUUUUUUUAUACGGACAAUAAAUACGCGCCGCACUUUUGAACAAUUAUUAAAACGAACAGUAUUAAAAAAUAGCAUUAUGAAGAAAUCAUCAGCAUUCAUCGUGGGAUUGAGAGUGAAGAAAGAAUGAUUUGCCGAAUUCACUUAGGCACGAGUAAUUGGUGCAUUCUGCCAAAUUGUUCCUGGAUCCUGAUUAUUUGCAUUAAGACAAACAUCAGCAUCGAGAAGGGGGGACAUAUUCAUGUGACCACGUGGCGUAGGAAGGAGGCCGAUUACUGGACGCAUCUCGUGUGACGGAAUAAACAGUCUGACAAACCUCCCUUCACCUUAUCUCCCCCUCUGAUAAGAUAAGCCCCUCUCAUACCCCCACUUGAGACUCCCGCGUCCUACCAAAAAAAGUCGGCACAAUUGACAACCAUCAUCACAAUCGUCGUCGUCGUCGCCCUCGUCCACGCGCCGCCGCCCACGCCCACCCCCUGGAAGAAGACGUCGACAUCAACAACAACCACCCCCCAGGAGAAAAUCGUCGUCGCGGCCAACGUGCUCGACCUCGUCACCUUGCCGACGAAGGUGGUCGUGGUGGUGGCGCAGACGCGGCGCAACGUGCAUUCUUGGCGCGCGCGGAAGCCCGGUGCUUGACCUUGUUCCUCCAUUUGCUCCAGGUGACAUGGAUUCUUCGGGAAGUGAGGGCAUUCUUGGCGUGGUGUUGCGACGCAGCGAGACUGCCGGAAGGGGACUGGGACUGGGGUUUUCUAUUAUUGGCGGCAUCGGCUAUGAUUUUCCCCCAGUCCUCUACGAUAUCGAAAAGGACUCGCCCGCCGAAAUUUGCGGAAUGCUGGAAGCGGGCGAUGUUAUCUUGUCAGUAAACGAAAGGGAAGUUGUGAAAUUGAGCACGAAAGAAGUAUUAAAAUGUUUAAGACUGAGUGGAGACAUUGUCCACAUUAAAUUUAAACGAGAUCCCCACGUCGUAAGCCGGGUACGACAAUUCCUCUCAACGCCAAAUUAUCCCAUGGGCGGCGGCGGCGACGUCACACAUCACGACAACAAUCACGCCCAGCACAAUCGUCUCAACCUCCACCAACACUCGUCCCCCUCAAACAGCACAACUCUCCAAGCCAAACCAACCACAAUAAUAAAACAACGAGUCUAAAUUCCAAUUCAAUCUCCACAACGAAAAGAGGCAGUCAAAUUCCCGUCUAUCAACCAACCUCUUCCUCCCCGUCACAUCGUGUCGUCGUCGCCGCGACGACGACAUCGACGCCAUCACCCGAUCAUAAAAAGACUUCCUCCUCCUUCAACGACGAGCUAUUUAUCAACCACUCGUUCGACCAUCACGCCACGUCCUCCUCCGCCAAGGUGCUCCAUUCCCCCACCGUGAACAAAGUCCAAGCCCACAUCCACACCCUGCAAGACAAACAGCAAGCAGUCCCCACCUCAACGAGGAAUGGUGGUGGCGGACGAUCCCGAAAUUUCGAAACCUUUGUCAUGACCGGUGACGCCAUUUUAUCCAAAGAUUUAUCAAAAAACGAAGCCAAUCCGUUACUCUCCUCGCCCCGGAAGCCGGUCGUAGUCAGAACGAUAACCGACGUCGUCAUGCCCCGCAAAGAAGAGACGACAUGUCUCGUCGACAAGUCUGAAUCAGACGACACCCCAACGCCACCCACCUUCCCCCCGCCGCCGAGCGAGCUGAAUAAUUCGUACAACUCGGACGAGGCGAAAUUGCCCCCGCCACCGGUGGAAGUUACUCAACAGCAGCAGAAGAAUGGCGGCUGCGGAAAAUGUCACGAUAAAAAGAAGACGAACGGAGUCACUAAGAAGACGUUUUAUCCGAAUUAUCGGGACGACGUGGAGGACGAGGAGGAGGAGAAUUACAGCGGGAAUAAUACCGAGGAUACGAGCAUAUCGUCGUCCGUGAUGAGUGAUGAUGACGACGACGAGGCGAUAUGUCGCGACCAGAUUUAUCCGGGAUGUGAAGAAGACGUUGUUGUGGCGGAGGUGGACGCUACGGGGACGACCAGUCCGGUGGCGGGAUGCAGUAAAAAUUUGAUGGGAAAUGGAAACGGAAAUUAUUACAAUGGGAUCAAAACCGGACCCAUUGCGGCGUCGACGACGGGGGUGCAGAUGACGAGGGAGGAUUCGUACGAUGGGGGAGGAGGAGUAGAAAAAUCCGGUGGUGGUGGCAUUGCUACUGCUUCUUUUGAGAAAGAGAGAUAUGCGGAAUACAUUCUCGUCAACGAAUCCGACUUUUCCCCUCGCCAUGGCCCCACCACCAACGCUACCACCCCCGGUGGUCCACACCACUCGAAUUCUUACUCGCAAGCCAUCAAUAGCAAGGCAACACCACCGACUAAACACCAAAAUUCCCUGCCACGCGACCCGUCGUCCUCCUUCCACGAGGAGGACGAAGACCUCUCCUCAUCGUCCACAACGACGUCGACAAACUCAGAAAACGACCCCUUCCAGUCCUCCCAGCAAGAGGGAGGCCCUUCCUCCGCGCGACACAAUACGGACUCAAUUUCCGGCGGUGAAUCAGACUCUUCGGACGUAGAAUCCGUAUGCGUUCCUCCCGUCACCAAGGCGGUCGAUGUCCCCUCCGCCAUCCGCCUGGGGAAGAGGCUCUGGGCUCUCGACGGCUUCCGCUCGGGCGACGUGUGGCGUCACUUAUGCAAAAAUACGGAAUACAAUCGUAUCGUCGCGAUCGAAUAUUUGAGCAACUUUAACUUCACGGGGGAAACGGUGGACGUUGCUUUGAGAAAAUUCUUGGCGACGUGUCCCUUAAAGGGUGUGUUGGAAAAUUGCGUUACUUUAGGCGAGACUCAGGAACGCGAACGGGUCCUGUCGUACUUUGCCCUUCGUUAUCUCGAGAACAAUCCGGGCUUGCAGUUCUCGUCGCCGGAUGCCGUCCACACGAUCACGUGCGCGAUAAUGUUGCUCAACACGGACCUUUAUGCCGGUGCCAAUAAAGAACGCAUGACGUGUCCCCAAUUCAUUGAAAAUCUUUCUGGUCUCAACGACGGGAAAAAUUUUAAUAAAGAAACGCUAAAACUAUUGUACAUCUCCGUCCGCAAGAAGCCCCUUGUGUCCCCAGGUGAUAUCGACGACGCGGUUGUCAACCCAGCUAAUCGUGGAGCCCGAAUGGGUUUGGAGGAUCAAGCCGCAGCCAGUGCAAGUGUGACUGAUCUUACGAAAAGUAUGGAUUACAGGACGGGCUACCUCAUGAGGAAGUCAACCCAUGAGCUUGGGGGAAAGAAGACCCCGUUCGGCAAACGUUCCUGGAAGAUAUUCUUCUGUCGCUUGAAGGAACUCGUCCUCCUCCUUCUCGCCGAUGAGGGAAACUGUUCCGUUCCCACGUACCAAAUCAAGCUCCACCACGCUUUCGCCUCCCCCGCGUCUGACUACCGAAAAAGGAAAAAUGUUCUCCGCCUCGUUCUCGCGGACAGCUCUCAAUUUCUUCUGCAGGCCUCCGACCCCCGCGAACUGACCUCCUGGGUCGAACUGCUGAAUUGGAAUUCGGCCAGAUUUUCCGCUCCCGCUCUCGAAGCACCAAUCUCUUCGACGGGCCGUUUUCAGAAACCUCUUCUGCCAAGUUGUAUCACUGCGUUGUGUCGCGACGAGCAGGUCGCGACACACCUGAGGGCGCAGCAGCAUUGGGAAAAACAGUUGGGAUUUUACACCCCACCGGUUAAGGAGGUCCCCCCACCGAAGAAAGGGAAAGGAAAGGUCUCCUCCUCUAGCGAUCAACCAGCCGGCGCCAGUAGUCUACCGCCACCUCCACCACCCCCAUUCUCAUCAACCUCCACCUCCAACCCCCCCUUUCCGCCGCUCCUCCUCCUCUCCUAUGCCCACGUGAAGAAGGAGGACCGCGAAAAGGUGUUGUUUUUCCAGUCAGAAAUCCUCCGAUAUCACACGUACUUAACCCUCCUCGAGAAACUCGGACAAUCCGAUCCCCAUGUCGGGCAAGAUAACCAACAACAGGCACCAUCAUCUCCGCCGCCGCCCGUAGAUCUCAACCGCCUCCCGAACAACAUCCCACCCAUCAUUCUGCACGAGGAGGAAGACGACGACUAGAGAAAUAAAAAAUGAAACUGUAGUAUCAUUUCCUGUCACAUUUCCACUUUUUAUGAUUUCCUAAAAAAACUUUCCUUAUUAUGAAAUAGAGCACAAAAAGAGUACGAAUUGGUGUUCGGUGUGAAAACAAAAAUUAAUUGGUGUAAAAUUAGAUACGCAGUGUUCCAACUUCAAAAAAUAACGUGUUACAAAUUAGUCAGUAUCAUAAUUAACGGUGUAAUCUACUUCUGUAUUCUUGUAAACUGUAUAAGCCGUUUAUGAUGGAUCGAUGGAAAAUUGUUACUGUUCGAGAUUGAUAACACAAAAAGGUGAGAUUAUGGAGCAGAUAAGGUAAAUACAUAACGAUGAUAAGCUCGCAGGAUAAGCUGUACAUUUAAAACGUAACGAUAACUUACAAUACUUUUAAGAAGUGUAGAAAUGCAAAAAUUGUAAAAAUGUAAAAACUGUUGUAAAAAAUAGCAAAUUUGCAAAAAAUUAUUAAUGUAAUUUUUGGUCUCAUGUUGAUCGAUCAUUAAAAUUAAAUAUGCUAAUUAUUGUUACGUAAAUUAAGACUAAAAAUGGACUGAAUUUUAGUUAAUAGUCAGUUAAUUAACUCUAAUUAAUUUUUAAAUUGCAUUUAUUUAGUUUUUCGCCAAGUCCAAGUCACACACGAAACAAUGCAAUUUUAAACGCUCUGCUUAUCAAAAAAAGAAUAAUAACGCGCAGCUAGCUACUAAAUUGUAGGAAAAACAUCAGAAAAUACAUUUAUGAAAUUUCAAACAAAAUUUUUUACCAGUAUUUAAAAAAAUAUUCCGUAAUUUUAUAAUUUUUGUACGUCUUUCUGAAAAGUUGGGGGGAUGAGGAAAAUUUCUGUCAAAUUAAGAAACGUUGGUUAAAAUUAAGUCGCCCAAUUUGACUCGAAAAGCGAAAAAACUUUUUAUCAAAAUAUGAAAUUGUAAAUAAAAAAAACAUCUUGAAAUUUUGGUGGAGAAAAAUCAGAGUUCAAAUUUGAAAAUGGGACAACAAUUAGAAAAUUUUAGGUAUAAAAAAAACGUGUAAUUAAUUUAAAAUCUCUACAUGUCGUGUUUAAUGUUUGGAAAAAACGGACUAAAAAUUGUACCUAUAAAUAAAGUUUACUUAACUUUAAUGCAAAAACUAUUUUUCAAAAAUGAGCUGAAUUUUAGAAAUUGUUUGGAGAAGAAAAAACUGGAAAUUAAAUUACAUAAUUUCUGAGUCAAGUUAGUCAGUGGUUGGUUGUGUAAGAAGAAGAAAGUGAUUUAGUUGAUGAUGGUAAAAUAUUAAGUUGGGUUAAAAAUAUGAUCAAUUAUUGUAAUUAAUUAGAAUGGUUAAAGUUUAUUUAUUUAUUUAUGGAUUUAUUUAUUAAGGAUUUUUAAUCAGCGGACAGUUGUUUGAUUAAAAUACGAUUUGAGAUUGAAACCUUGAAAAUAAAUUAACCGAUUUUGAACCGUUGUGAUCCUAUAA